AUGGAGCCAGUGUUGGAAGGUUGAUAUCCUGCUGCAUUCACAGAAGCUUCCUGUGCUUCUUUCUUUGGACCAGAAGAUUGCAAGACUAAAGCAUUUGGAGCUUAGUACAGAUAAGCAAAUAGAAGGGGAAGAAAUGGAGGCAGUAAGAGAUUUUACUUUCUUCGGCUGCAUGAUCACUGCAGAUGGUGACAGCAGCCACAAAAUUAAGAGACGCCUGCUUCUUGGGAGAAAAGCAAUGACAAACCUAGACAGCAUCUUAAAAAGUAGAGACAUCACCUUGCCAACAAAGGUCCGUAUAGUAAAAGCUAUGGUUUUCCCAGUAGUGAUGUAUGGAAGUGGGAGUUGGACCAUAAAGAAGGCUGAUCGCCAAAGAAUUGAUGCUUUUGAAUUAUGGUGCUGGAGGAGACUCUUGAGAGUCCCAUGGACUGUAAGAAGAUCAAACGCAUCCAUUCUGAAGGAAAUCAGCCCUGAGUGCUCACUAGAAGGACAGAUCGUGAAGCUGAGGCUCCAAUACUUUGGCCACCUCAUGAGAAGAGAAGACUCCCUGGAAAAGACCCUGAUGUUGGGAAAGAUGGAGGGCACAAGGAGAAGGGGACGACAGAGGACGAGAUGGUUGGAUAGUGUUCUCGAAGCUACCAGCAUGAGUUUGACCAAACUGCGGGAGGCAGUAGAAGACAGAAGUGCCUGGCGUGCUCUGGUCCAUGGGAUCAUGAAGAGUCGGACAUGACUAAACGACUAAACAACAACAACAACAGAUAAGAUACAACUAAGGGAGGGUGGAAUGAUGACCGCAUGUUAGAAGAUGAUUCAUGGUGUAGACAAGUGAUGGAGCACUCCUUAAAUUGUUAGAUUUCAAUUCCCAUCAACCCCAGUCAGCAUGGCCAAUGGUCACAAAUGUUGGGAGCUUUGGUCCAACUACUGGAGGACUGCAGGCUCCCCAUCCCUGUUGUAAAGAAAGUGGAUAGAGAAAUGUUCUUCCUAAUACUAGAUUGGCUGUAGAUUUAGAACAGACAAAAUAGUGUAGCGUUUUCUGAGAAAUGGGUGGGAUAUAAAUUCUUUAAAUUGAUAUUCAGUGCCACAAAAUGUGAUGGCGACAGCUUAGAUGACUUUCAGUGUCAAUUAGAUACAUUCAUGGAGGGUUUAUUAAUGGCAGUUAGCCAUAAUAGCUAUACGAAACCCAAGAGCUUUAUGCAGUUGCCCUUUGUAAAAGGAACUAAGCAUUUGGAAUACAUUGAGGGUCCUCUGCAUCAGAAAAGAAUCAUCUUCUUUUAAAUACAAUAAUACAAAGUCGGGAUAAGCUGGUGCAGUUCUACAGCACAACAGGAACCACAGUUAAUCUGCUGUAGGAAGCUGUAGGUGCACUGCUAGGAGCCCUCACCAUGAAAGUGAUGCACACAAACUCCGUCUAGAUAUGCUUUUUACUGUUGAAGCACUGCUGAAUGAGGUGAAUAGAAUGGUAGUGAGAAUGCAGCAAUGGAGGGUGUGAUUCCAGAUAACUGAGGUGAUGUGUAAGUCCUGUAUAAACCAUGGUUAGGCAUUUCUACAGAUGUUCAUGGGAGUGAACCUCUGAUGUGCCCACAAAUUGGCACACUGAUCUCAUGUCACAUUGGCACCAUUCUAACUAUAAUUUGCUAUUUUCAUCUAGAUAGAUUAAAAAUAAUUAAAUAGUGACUCAUGUUACUGGACAUAUGCCAUGCAUUUAAACCCAUUUCCAAGAAUUAGAUGGUGAGUGGUAAACGACAUCUCUUGCAAUUUAAUUAUGUUGGUGGCUGGAGAGUUGUGAGGUUUUAGCAUUAGGUUACCAGGUAUCAUGUUUUCGUAUUCACAAUUAACAAAUGGAGAGAGCAAGAUGAAUAGGGGCUGAAGGAAAUCAGCUAAGGGGAAUCUCUGAUAUCGUGGUCAUGGCAGCAGCCCAAAGAUUAUAACUCAGGAAACCAGGGGUUUUAAGCUUCUUGGCUGAGGUGCUCCAUGGUCUUCUGGCUUAGUGGUUAGGAUCAUCAACCUCAAGAAUCAUAGAAUCUUGGAGCUGGAAGGGACCCAAGGGUCAUCUAGUCCAGCCCCCUGCAACACAGGAAUCUGAGCUAAAGCAUCGAUGACAGAUGGCCAUCCAACUUGUUCUCCAAAGUGUUUUGCAGAACAAAUAAUUUGGUGCAUUGUGCGGAUAUUUUAAACCUUUCACUUUGUGCCCUCUUGUUGAACAUUUAAGCCUCCACAGUUCAACGUGGACUUUUCUGAAGCUCUUGUGUCAGUGUAUGUUGAUCUAAUAAUGCACAGUAGCAGUACCCAAGUCUUGAAUCAGUGAUCAGAUUGUCAGAUUCUUUUUGCACCUAAGUGGACCAUCAACCCUCAAAAACAUUUUUGAAAGUCCUGGCAAAUAUUGGCUACUGUUUGCGGGGGGGGGGGGGAGGAGAGAGAUCUAAAAAACUUGUUUACCUGCAUUGUACCAAAAAACUUUAGAUAAGAAUCACUUACCCGAAACUCCCGAGUAAUCUUAGCAGUCAAGGGAUAAGCAAAGUCAUCAUAUGGAUUGGUAAUUGCUUAAAAAGCAGGAAGCAGAGAGUAGGAAUAAAUGGACUGUUCUCUCAGUGGAGGAAUGUAAAAACCAGAGUUCUCCAAGGACUGGGAUUAGGAAAGGUGCUUUUAAAAUGGUCCAUUGUGAGGGAUGAGCAGUAAGAACAAGUGGCCUCCAGGUCUGCUGAUGACACCAAAUAAUAUAUUUAAAGUGUUUCAGACAAAAAAGGGAUGAGGAGGAACUCCAAAAGGAUCACUCCGAACUGGGAGAAUUGGCAAAAAAUUGGCAAAUAUGGUUAAAAAACCAAAAUGUGUCCAAAUUUGAGGCCCUCUUUGAGUUUCAGGCUUAGGCCAAAUGGUCUCCUGCCCCUACUCUCUGAUUGGCUCAGGCAGUAGUAACUGUGAAUAGGUGCAGGGCCUUCCCCUGAGUAAAUGAAGCAAUUGCUUCAAAUGCUGAUGCUGAAAUUGGCACCAAUCCUCAAUUUAUUUUGCAAUCCUUUGUUGCUGCCACUGGCAUCCUUAGAAGACUUUCUUUACUGCUGCCUGACAGCACUAACCAGAACUCGGAGAAUGUUUCAUGCCUCCUUCUCUGGUUCUUAGUACCCUUUCACUUUUGCAAGAUCCCCAGCUGCUGCUUUUCUGCUGGCUCUUAUGGAUCUAUCCAUCAUCAUUACUGGCCAACCCAGUAGAUGUUCCCGUGGCUGAACAUACUUCUUUGCUGGGUCAGGCACAGUGCUGUUUGACUCCCUGGCUGCGCUAGUCCCAUCAGCUCCAUAAAAAACAGUAACUUUAUCAAACUUCUGUCUUGUCCCCCACCCCACCUCAAUUGUGCACGGUUUGAAAAAGCAAUCUUCGAUACUGAACUUCCAGUAGAAAAGUUCCGGUGAGAAGCAAUGCCAGCCUUUCUCAACCUUCCCAGAAUGCAAGACCUCAGGGUCAGCCCCUCUUAUAAGCAAAGUGGGGCAAAGCCCUGCCAAGAUUCAGAAUUAACCAAAACUUCCAAAGCCAUGGUUCAAUCUUCCUCCUGUCACACAAUAACAUUAAUAAAUUUUCAGUGGUGGAAAGACUUUCUAGAUCAGGCCUGCGGCCUCCAGAUGUUUUGGCCUACAACUCCCAUGAUCCCUAGCUAACAGGACCAGUGUUCAGGGAUGAUGGGAAUUGUAGUCCAAAACAUCUGGAGGGUUCAAGGUUGGGGAUGCCUUUUCUAGAUGGUUCCAUCCAGCUCCUCUGCCUGGCCGAUCACUAGCAGUAGAUCUGACCCCUGUAUCCAAGGAAGGAAAAACAACUAUCUCACAUAGAAAGGGCUCAGCUUGGGGUAGGUGGGAGCAGUGAUGGCUCUUUCCCCAGCCUUUCUUUCUCUUGGAAGCUAAGGAGGACAAGCUCUCUCUCUCACACACACACAGAGAGAAAGAGAGCACAGAGGGGUGCUAGUUAUCUUAUAAAGGUAAAGGGACCCCUGACCAUUAGGUCCAGUCGCGGAUGACUCUGGGGUUGCAGCACUCAUCUUGCUUUACUGGCCAAGGGAGCCGGCGUACAGCUUCCGAGUCAUGUGGCCAGCAUGACUAAGCCACUUCUGGCGAACCAGAGCAGCGCAUGGAAACACCAUUUACCUUCCCGCUGGAGCAGUACCUAUUUAUCUAUUUGCACUCUGACGUGCUUUCAAACUGCUAGGUUGGCAGGAGCUGGGACCGAGCAACGGGAGCUCACCCCGUUGUGGGGAUUCAAACCGCUGACCUUCUGAUCAGCAAGCCCUAGGCUCUGUGGUUUAACCCACAGCGCCACCCGCGUCCCAGAGUUAUCUUAUAGUUUUCUUCAAAUUUAAGUUCAGAGCUGAAGGUUUAAAAAUGCUGUAGAUCUUCUUUCUUUGCAUCUUUUUUUUCUUUAGCAAAGUAGGAAACCCUCCCUGUUGCUUCUCUGGUUACUUAUGAAGACACCUGGUCUUUAGGGAAAUCACUCUGAGUAUGUGCAGAACCAAUGCAUGAUUCUGAUAUAGUCUGGUGCUAGCACAUGGGGCUAUUCUCGAAGCAGUGCUCCUAUAUCUGCUAUCGUGGCUGUGCUGGAUUACUCUCAUAGCAACAGAUGGAGUGGGAGCCUUCCUUGUAGGGCUGAAAUUCAGGUAGUCCAAUCAGUCAUAUUCCUUUUGUCCCACUCUCUGCAGAGGUCACCCAACAAGGUAACCAAAGAUGACUCAGUACCAUAGUCAGACCUGUAUCAGAUUGGAAUGGAUCUAAAUCUGUGCUAUCUAAGAUUAUUUGCAGCUGCCCCACCACAACCCUCUCCACCACCUUCCCCAUGAAGAGAGUAUUUGCAAAUGGUCAAUAGUUGUUCCAGUCCAGACCUGGUUUCUUUAGAAGUUGCCACACAACUGCAUCUUUCAAGGCAGCAGCGACCAGCCCCUUGCACAAUGAAGCAUUAACCGUGCUCUGGACUCAACCAGUCAGACCUCCUCUGUUGGAUUAAAUAAGCCAGGAGGGACAGGGGCUAAGGGGGCACAUGGUGGGAUGUGUUGCCAUCGGCACCUUGUCCCCAUCGGCAGACGGUGUGAACUGAAACCGAUCCCACAAUCACCAAAUCUGGCAUUGGGUACUUCAACUUGAGCUGAAUCAACUGCAGAGUCAAGAUCAAGUGGAAAGACAACAAAAUACAAAGUACAAUCUGUGACUAGAUGAGCCCUGGGGUCUGGUCCCUUCCAAUUUUAGAAUUCUAUGAUUCUGUGACAAUUUAAUUUGAACUUAAAUGUGUGCAAAAUGACCCUUCACAGCAGCAGUGAUGUAGGGAAAGGGGAAAUCAUAGUCUCUGUUCACACUCAAAUGAAUAGAAUUGAAUUUAGUGGUUGAAGAAAAAGAUGAGGGAAAAGAGAGAUAUACAUGAACCUGAGGUAAGAGCAGGUGGGUGAGAUAAGAGAUCUUAAGAAAGGGCAGAUCACUGUGGAAUAGAUAACAAGCUUCUAAUGAAUGGUGUAGAUCAAGUGAAUCUAUACAAAUGUUCACAUGUUCCAUGUGAUCCUAGAAUCUGUAUUGGUGCAAGAUCUGGAAUUUGUAUAAUCAGCCCUCGACAUCUUGUUUGUUGUUGUUUAGUCAUUUAGUCGUGUCCGACUCUUCAUGAUCCCAUGGACCAGAGCACGCCAGGCACUUCUGUCUUCCACUGCAUCCUGCAGUUUGGUCAGACUCAUGUUUGUAGCUUCGAGAACACCGUCCAACCAUCUCGUCCUCUGUCGUCCCCUUCUCCUUGUGCCCUCCAUCUUUCCCAACAUCAGGGUCUUUUCCAGGGAGUCUUCUCUUCUCAUGAGGUGGCCAAAGUAUUGGAGCCUCAGCUUCACGAUCUAUCCUUCCAGUGAGCACUCAGGGCUGGUUUCCUUCAGAAUGGAUGCGUUUGAUCUUCUUACAGUCCAUGGGACUCUCAAGAGUCUCCUCCAGCACCAUAAUUCAAAAGCAUCAAUUCUUUGGCGAUCAGCCUUCUUUAUGGUCCAACUCCCACUUCCAUACAUCACUACUGGGAAAACCAUGGCUUUAACUAUAUGGACCUUUGUUGGCAAGGUGAUGUCUCUGCUUUUUAAGAUGCUGUCUAGGUUUGCCAUCGCCUUUCUCCCAAGGAGCAGGCGUCUUUUAAUUUCGUGACUGCUGUCACCACCUGCAGUGAUCAUGGAGCCCAAGAAAGUAAAGUCUCUCACUGCCUCCAUUUCUUCCCCUUCUAUUUGCCAGGAGGUGAUGGGCCCAGUGGCCAUGAUCUUCGUUUUUUUUAUGUUGAGCUUCAGACCAUAUUUUGCACUCUCCUCUUUCACCCUCAUUAAAAGGUUCUUUAAUUCCUCCUCACUUUCUGCCAUCAAGGUUGUGUCAUCUGCAUAUCUGAGGUAGUUGAUAUUUCUUCUCGACUUCUUAGGUAUGGAAAAAUAUAACGCAUAUCUCCUUUUGCAGAUGUCAUGGCAGUUCUUCAUCUUCACCUAUCAUACAAUUGGCCAGAGAUGAGUCCAACAUGCACUCUGUCUGAAUUUCAUUUUGCAACAUCCAUACACUGCGAAGUGGGGUAAGUACAUUGACUAAUUUUGUUUCUGUGUUUUGUGUGUGGGUAGGGCAGAGUCAUUUGGGGCAGUAUGCACUUGAAAUUUCUCCUGUGUAAUCUCCAUUUAAUCAAAGACCUGUGGAGGAUCAUGAUUGUGUCACUGGAUAAUCACUUCAACAGAGGCUGCUGUGUUGACAUAGAUGGUUAUUAUAUGCUGCCAGGAAUAUGUAUUUUCCAUAUCAUAAAACUUCCCACAUGGGUUCAUGGUAAUUUCAUGCCUCUGAAUAUCAGUCACUGGGGAUCCCAAGCAGGAAGGUACUGUUGCCCCCAGGCCUUCACUGUGGGUUUCCCAGUGCCAUCUGGUUGCCCAUGGUGGGAAAAAUGUUUCUGGACUCGAUCGACCUUUGGUUUGAUUCAGAAGACCUUUCUUAUGUUCUUAAGGUGUAUGCAAGUUCUCUUUCUUUUCCUCCUCCACCCUUGUUGCCACAGAGAAGAUUCCAAUAAGCCGUUAGCAUAGUUGCAACCUCUGUGCUGCAGUUUUGUAAGAAGGAGUGGCAACUAGAUGAUGGGGAUUCUAUCUCCUGUGAUAUGUUGCAACCAUUAUGGUCAAUUAGCUGCACCAGUCUGCGAAUAGCUUUUCAUCCUAUUAUUUGGCAGAUGUAGAUCUGAGAUGAUACAAGUCUUCAUUAAUCGUAUCUCUAUUAUAUGCUUUAAAAUUCUCUGAUGAAGGAUGCCACCGACAGGAUUGCAACAUGUGUUCCUGCGAUGAGAGAAAAGGUAUUGGGGAACUAGUUGAAAAGACUUUGUUCUCCAUUUUGUUGGGUGUGUGUUGGAGCUCUUGCUUAUUUAGCACACCAAUUUUAGAUGCUAAAUUCCUCUCCCUUACUUUCAAAACAAUGCAUCAAUAAACACAUGUGCAAAAAGAAUUAAUGGAUGGAGAGUGAUUCCCCCCCAACACAUCCAUUAAUGUUGCAUACAAAAAUCUAAAUGUAAAGAAUCUAGGUAGCAAGAUCAAAUGUAUUUGUGGUUAUAACAGAAGGAACACGAAACACACGGCAAAGCAGAUACGUCAAGGCUGGCUUUCCUGGGUAAGAAAGAGUUAAUCCCUGUGGGGUUUUCAUGUACGUCAGAGCAGGUUCCUGUCUGUGCAGCGCUCAGCUUGGAUUGAGAGCUUUUGUUCCUUGUUAUUUUUCAUGAUUUCUUUGCAUUUAGUGGUGUGGGUUCCCCUCCCUUCCUUUUUAUAAGAACCACACUUUAAAGCAUGGCAACAGAGGUUAAAUUUACUGCUGUCUUCUUUUUCCAGUGAGCAGGUACUUAGUAUACAUAGGGAAGGCUAGGCACCACCAGCCUUGGUUCUCCACUGCUUACGCUUUACGCAUUACAGUGUUAUCAUCACAGCCUGCAGAAAAGACCACACCUUUCCCUCCCAUUUACAUUUUAUUUUAACUAAAAAGAGAAAAACGAACAUUUUUUAAAAAUGUAAUUUUUUUUUAAAAAAUGUAAAAAAAAUGUAGUCCACAUCAGAAAAAAAACCUAAACUGACAGAAUCAUGGCAUUUGUAAUCUUCAGAGCGACUGAAAAUGGACCUAACAUCGUAUCACAGAAUAGAGGAAACUUUAUUAUCCUUAACAACAAGGUUCUAUAGUUUCUAUACCAGUUAACUGCAAAUGGUGACUGUUAAAUGGCAUUUCAAUCUUGGGGUUGCUCCAGAUGAUCCUUCACGUUCACUUACACUUCUUCCAAACCUCCAAAGCAGCAUUUAGAUGUCGAUAUGACACAGUGCAGAGAUACCUGGGCUAUGGAGAUUUUGGGUCACUCCCCACAGGAGGCUUUUAAGGCAUACUACACAUCUAAAAAGUUUUAUGUAUACACCUAAUAAUAUAACGUGUGUGCAUGACAGGUGUCUUUUUUUUCCAGCUGUGUGGGUGAAGGGUGAACUACACAACAGGAGGCUGGAAGUGACCACAUCUCCACACCUUGUGUAGAUACACACUUGCUGCUAUGUAAUGUGUGAAGAGGUCUAUCUGUCUCAAUUGUCUCAUUCAAUGCAGAAAAACCUGCCUUUGUAGCUAGCUGUGUAGCUUUGCUUCCAUUAAUGCCUAGUCACCUUGGUACCAGGUGUGAAAUGGGGGAUAGUUGGGUAUGGUUAUGUAUAGAGUCUAGCCUAGCUACGAACAGCAAAGCAACAUGUUGUUUCAAGGACAGGAAUCACUAGUUUGGGGUAGCUAAUGCAAUGCCCUCUUGACGUUGUUGGACCCCAGCCUCCACCAGUGCCAGCUGGCAUGGUCAAUGAUCAGGGAUUAUGGUGGGCACCAUGUUCACUACCUGGGCUGUAGCUGAAAACUAUUAACAGGGACAAAGGCAUAAGACCGGCUGGUAAAUACAGACAUGGAUGGGGUGAAAUCCACAGGACAAUUGCCUGAGGAAUAUAUUGCAUUGGAGGACAGACCGUUCCUGACCAGAUCUCUUUAAUUCAUGUUUCCAUUGCUAAAUUGUAUGACUCAGUGGCGUCGGGGAGCUUUUCACUGCAACCAAAUCGUUCUGAUUGCUUAAGCCUCUGGAAGGAUUAUGAGUGUGUGUUUUAAACUUCAGCCUUUUCUGUCUCAGACUUGGUUGCAUGAAUCUUUCUCAUCCUAAGUACAUGGGAAAUAAGGAGCUCCUUAAUAUUCACUGGGCUGUUGUCUUCAUCGGAGUUAUGUCUUCUGUUCCGAUAUAGAGUCAAAGCAGUCCUUUUAGAAUGGUGCCCUCUUGUGCCAAAAAAAAGCAUCUCUUUCUCUGUGCAGCUAGGAACAUAAAUGCUCUAUCAGAUUAUUCAAAAUUUCCACAUUCCCCACUUAGCUUUCCUUACUGUUUUAUAUGCAUCCGAUGCCCACAACACAAGACCGAAGUAUGCUGCCAAGAGUUGAAUUCAAAAACCUUUUUUUAAAAUAUAAAAACAAAACAUGAAUUAAGUGAGGUGAGAUGGGAGGAUGUUGCUGGGGAACCAGGGAAGGAAGAGGUAGUGGUGAGCACUUUUAGGUUUAUAAGCAAGCUGAACACUCCUCUCUCACACCGACUCCCAACAAAUGGGCAACAAGUUCAACUAUGAAUGUAUUAGGAAAAAAUGGUCACCUUUGACGCCAGUAAGAUGUCUUUCAUUCUUUAUCAGUGGGAUAAGGAUGGAGGGCAGGAAAUCCCUUUUCAGGCCACCUUCAACUACAUAUGGCAGAGGAAUCCCAAACUUAACCCUCUUUUUGAAAAAGACCAACCUCCCCCCCACCUUCCUGGUGUCUUUAACUGUAAUCUUUCUACAGAGAGCAAAGGACAAAGCCAAAAACAAAAUCUACACAUUAGAAUUUAUCCACAUUGCUAAUGACCUUUCCUUGGCUUUGAUUUUUUUAUUUAUUUAAUAUUGUUAUCCUCAUGGAUUUAGCUCUUGCAGGUGAGUAGAGGCAGCUUAUACAUAUGAGUAUUUGUUCUGCUUAUAUCACAGCUGUGCUUAAAAUAGGAUCCAGCCGCCACCUGGAGGAUUCCAGAAGUGUUGACUACAUUUUCCCUUUACCACUUUUGGCUGCUCUGCAGCCUCAUAGUUUAAUGUGGUGUUGGUGUGUACUGGGGAAGAAUUCUUGUCAUUUCUAGAAAUCUGCAAGCCUUGGAUUUUCCAAGAUAGGGAGGCACCAUGCAUCCUUGGAGUCCUAUAUUGUUAUGAGCUCCUGGCUUCUCUGAAUAGUAGCAGAACUUUCGGGGUUUAUCCAAUGGCAUUUCUGUAAUAUUUAUUUAUAAAUAUGCAAAGGUGGUGACCAGCAACAGCAAAUCCAUAACCAGUCAUUAGAUCCUCAGAGAGGCAGCCUUGUGCCUCAAGACACCCCCAGUUAGGGUGGCUGUUCAUUAGUCGUGGAAAUCUAGUAUAAAAGAUUGACAACCCAUACUGCCCUUGUGAAAUGGCCACUUUCUACUUAUUUCCAUCAAGGGUCCUUUAAGUUAUCAAAAUUCAGGAAGAUGAAGCUAUUGUGUGGUCAAGAGUGUUUAAACUCAGGUGCUUAGAGAAGGAGACUGUGUAGGAUAGUAUCUCUCAUGUGUAAAAGAAACCCUUUCAAUGGGAAGAUCAAGUUUCUUCCCGUGGAAGGGGCAUAAAGAAAAGAUGAGGUAUCUGUUUUUAUGAGUCACUUAUUAGGUUUGUUCUGAAAAAGUGAACAGACCUUAUUUUCCUGGAAAAAUGAGCACACUUUCAAAUUCUUGAGUUUUAUUACUUAUUUUCACUCCAAUCUGUGGAAGGUAAGCAUGCCAUUUUAUCAACAGAUAUACAACAUGUCUAUAUAUUGUUACGCACUAUCCCAAUCUUCUCAGUAGUGAGAUAUUCCAGGGUCUGUGUUUCCUUUUGGAAAAAUGAGGCACAGUAGAUAUUGUAGUGUCUUUAUGAUACAGUAUAUGGUUUAUUUACACAGAUAUAUAACCUGAGUUUUCGAUGGAGAGGUUCCCAGUACCACACACCAAGAGCGCCUUGCUUCUUCCCAAGAUACAGUCCUGGAUUCAAAUUGUCCUCAGGCAUCUCUCUGCCUCCUGCUUUCUGCUUGUCACAUUACUCCUACCUUCUAAGCUUUUGGCCCACAUUGCUUCCUCUCGCUCUUCUCUUAAGCUUUUGGCUUUAUCUCCUAAGUGAAAGAGUCCCCACCCCUCUGCCAUCUCUCAAAGAGUUUCUUUGAUGCUUUGUUGUCCUAAUGGCCCAUUCCUCAGGUGACUACCUCAACACAGGAAGCUUAGACAAGCUUAAAGGUAAAGGUAGAGGGACCCCUGACCAUUAGGUCCAGUCGUGGCCGACUCUGGGGUUGCAGCGCUCAUCUCGCUUUACUGGCCGAGGGAGCCGGCGUACAGCUUUCGGGUCAUGUGGCCAGCAUGACUAAGCCGCUUCUGGUGAACCAGAGCAGCGCGCGGAAACGCCGUUUACCUUCCCGCCGGAGCGGUACCUAUUUAACUACUUGCACUUUGAUGUGCUUUCAAACUGCUAGGUUGGCAGGAGCAGGGACCGAGCAACGGGAGCUCACCCCGUCACGGAUUCGAACCGCCGACCUUCUGAUUGGCAAAUCCUAGGCUCUGUGGUUUAACCCACAGCGCCACAUGCUAAUUCCAGAAGAUUUAGAAGCAUCUAAUACACAGGCUUAAAUACACACAGGCGUAGCAGUUUUAACACUGACCCUUAAUUAGAUUCUGAUACCUACUGAACCCAGUAAUUAAGGGUUUAGCACCCACAAACUCAUAAUAAUAUUGUAACCUGAUGCCUAUCUCUGAUUAAAUUCUACAGUAGUCCCAUAUAGAAGAUCCAUGUAAUCUUCUUCUGAAAUAUGCAUGAACAUACAUCAGCUUCAUUUCUGACGCCCCCAAACAUCAAGAAGCAUGGAAUCAAAUCUCAUGGACUCAUCACCUCAUCAUAUUCCUUAAUGGCAGAUGUUGUAGGCAUGGGCAGAGUCUAUGCUUGUGGGAUUUGUUUUUAUAAAAACUCUUGAGAUCCACCAAGCAGCGCUAGGUACAAGGUAGUGGUUGGCAAAGGCAGAAAAAUGGUUUCUCAAGUGGUGGAAGCAAGUGCAAUGGGAACAGAAAACCGGGUGCAAGAAAGCAGACCUCCAGACCAUUUUCCAGAGAAAGAGCAAUGACCUGAUCUGCCAGAAUGCCAUGAUUGACCUUUCCUGCUCUUCAGGUGAAAGAGACUGAAAGCUUCUUAAUUAUUUUGGGAAAAUAUCAUUUCAGUAUUUCUCUCUGCUGCAUACAAAUUAGCAAUAUGUAAGUUAUGGAUUUAGAAAAAAGGUGAAGGCACACAACCCCGAGUUUUACUGGUUACUUAUCUAGCAAUGCAACAGUGUUCAUAACUUAAUGAAAAUGGAACUUGGUUCUAACUGUGCAUUUCUGUUUACAGGUUAUGUUGCAGGACACUCAAGAGAGGGUGCCUCCCACUAUACUUCGUAGGCAGGGUCUCCAGGCAGAAGAGUGGCACUCAAGACCAAACCAGCAGAGCCAUAAUAAGCUCCUCAACCCCAUGAUGAAAAUGUUCAUCCCACCCCUGGAAUCUCAGGAACCAUGCAGAAAAUUUUAAAAAGGUGUGGGGUGAAGAAAACAACCUCAGGACGAACAAAGGCACUAAAUAUCACAUGCUAUAUGACAAAUAACCAAGGCAAAGAAUCAGAAAAACAAUUCUAGAAGGCAGCAGAGGACAACAAACUAGAGAAGGAGAGAUAACAUAAGGAAAAAAGAACAGUGAUAAGUUGCAGGAAAGGAUCAAUCAGCUAGAUCCCCCCCCCCCGCCCCAAGACAAGAAAGAAAAGGGUAAGUCUGGCGGGAAGGACAAUUCCACCUGGAAAAGGACUUGAAUAGCUUGAGUCAUAGAAUGGGAAGGGACCAUGAGGAAUCUUUCACCCAAUGUGGGGCUCCAACCCAUGACCCUGAGAUUAAGAGUCUCAUGCUCUACUGAGCUAUAGAUGAACAGUUCCAAGGAUCCUCCCUACCAAGUCCAAUGGGAAGGAUCAUCCUCACUACAGAAUGUCCUCUGGCCUAAUCUGGCAAAAAUGUAAUUAUCCUAGUCCUCACUGCUUUGCAAUCCAACAAUGGCAAUGAGUGUUGGAGCAGAUUUCCAUGUGUGCUUAUCUUGCUGAAGCUGAAGAUGCAGGCUGGAUGUGCAAGGUAUGUAUGGUGAUGCACCUGCCUACCAUAUUUAAAGGAACUUGUGAGCCUCUGUUUUGGACCAUCAGUUGUGACCUACAUGUACGUCUAGCUCAGUGGGAGCCAUUGUCAUUUGCGUUUUCAAGCCUUCAGCAGUAACUAGGGUCUGGCAUGCCUGAUCUCCAAGUUGACAGUAGGCAGGAGCUGGCUGCUCUUAGUUCCUAGUUGAUCAUAUGUAAUGAAUGCAAACUUUUAGAAAGAUUUUGCAAUAUGUUGUUUGCAGAGGAGAAAAAGUCUGAGGAGGGGAGUCUGCUCUAGGGGUGUAAGCUUUCCCUGUGUCUUAAAAGUUCAGACACUGCUGCAUUCUAAUUUGCAGCACAUGGACAAGUGUGAACCUAUUCUCCCACUCAAUGCAGCUGGAAGUGUGUGGAGUCAAAUGCCCAGAGAGUCACAUAUAGAACACAAUCCAAAGACCACUUGUACUCCAGUGUAACAAAGCUGAACCUGAUCCCUAUUGUACAUUCAAUACAACUUAAGGCAAUUGCACCACAUUUGUUGUAAAAGACAUUUGACUAUAUAAAAAGAGAGGCCAGCAUUCUCUUCAUUAACAUAAUUCUUUAUUUUUGUUCCAAGUUAUGUGCCCUUGUUGAUUCAACAAUGAGACAUGGAGCUUCAAGUCCUUCACUGAUCAAGGUGGGUACUGAUUUGGAAACAGACCGUUUGCCUUGUUUGCUAAAAUGCUCUCACUUUAUCUAACUUGUAGAGUCACAGAGCAUGUGGACAAAUGCCUUUAACAUUUGCACCUUGCACUCAGCUGGGUAAAACAAAAAAUUAGUAAAGACAGGCUAAGGGCUGCAGUGGGUUUCACAUAUAUAUGGAUAUAAAAUCUCUUAAAUAAUGUUUUGUCUUACUUCCCUUUUCUUCAGGUAACCAAAAUAAAAAUGAUUUUACAACUAGAUGUUGUGCUUGCCGCUUCUCCUCCUCCCCCUAAAAACAGUACAAAAAAGGGUCUGCAGCCACCUGCAUUCUUAUCUCACAAUCAAUCUCUGAGCUGGUAA